GCAUUAGAUGCCGCGAGGAAGUAGAAGGUUCGUGAUCCGGAAGUUGUGUCGAUAUGAUACAGUAGCAGCAGCAGGCUAAGCAGUUUCAGCAGGUCUGCACCCAAUGAGCUUCCACUGAUGUUCAGCCCCACCACAAGAAAUGUCUGGCUCUGAUCUUCUUGCGACCGGGGAGCUCAUGACCAGUCGCCAAGAUGAUCCCUGCUGCAGAGACAAGGAGGACAGCGAGGACUUCUACGACUGUCAGGAGACUCUGGAGUUUGCAGACCAACAGCAGGGCGAAGGGGAGAAGACACUAACCUCAGUGGAAAGACUGUGUAGCGAGAGACAGGAGGAAGAGAGCCAGACAGCUGCUGCGGGACAGGAGGAGAGCGAAGGGUCGGGUGAUGAUCGAUGUCAAGAAAACGGACUUCACGACACAGAUCCAGCCCAUGGAGAUGCUGGUCCUGACUACACUGAAGUCCAAGGUCCAGAGGAUGACUCAGACUCCGAACUGAAGGAGGAGAAGAGUCAGGCGCUGGAAUUUGACGACGAGUAUCUUCGGGAGGCAGAGAAGGAGCUGACAGAGGAGGAGAAGGAGAGUCGACGACAACAGAGUCUGAGUCUGAAGGAGCGAGGCAACUCUCAGUUCAAGUCUGGAGACUGGGCCGAGGCGGAGGGCAGCUACACGGAGGCGCUGGUUUCAUGCCCGGUGUGCUUCAGCCGAGAGCGAGCCGUUCUCUUCUCCAACCGAGCCGCUGCCAGACUGCACAUGGACAAGAAGGAGCUGGCCAUCGCCGACUGCAGCCGAGCGAUAGAGCUGAACCCAGACUACCUGCGGGCGCUGCUGAGGAGGGCGGAGCUUUACGAGCAGACGGAGAAGCUGGACGAGGCGCUGGAGGACUACAAGACUGUUCUGGAGCGAGACCCGAGCCAGAGUGCCGCCAGGCAGGCCUGCAUGAGGUUGCCGCAGCAGAUCAACGAACGAAAUGAAAAACUAAAGGAGGAGAUGAUGAGUAAACUCAAAGACCUGGGCAACAUGUUUCUGCGACCGUUCGGGCUCUCAACCAGCAACUUUGAAGUGAACCAGGACUCCGGCACCGGGUCGUACUCCCUUAAGUUUGUCCAAAAUCCUAACAACAACAACAGAUGACAUCACUGGCCGGUUGAACAGACAAAUAAAUUGUGACUGCUCUGCCCUCUACUGCCUCUCGCUGGUCACCAGACGAAUGACAACUUGUGUUUUUACUCUGAAAUAAAGCUUCACUCCGACACAAGUUCAACAUUUUAAUACUAAACAACGGAUGACGAAUAAGUUACACACGUCACUGCGACCUCCGGGACAGCAGCAUCUCUCGGAUGUUGUCUUCAGCUUCCUUGACGCUCCGCUCCAGGUACACCUUCUUCUGCUGCAGGUCACAAGCGACACGUUACACAACAAGACUGCGCUGGGUUGCUCAGCAGCUGGUGAAUUAUAAACACUAUUUACCUCCAGUUCUUUGAUUUUCUCAUCAGCAGUUCUCUGUUUGUCCGUGAGCUGGUUAUUGAUGUCUUCUUUAGACUGAAGAAUGAACCUGAGACACACACAGAUGUGAGUCAACCCAGUCCAGCCUGUGAAGCAAUCCUCCCCCUGGUGGACUCACAUGCGGCCGACGCCCUCAUACAGUCGGAUGUUGUCGGGCAGUGAGGUCAUCUGCGUCUGUGUGAUUUUGGCGUGUUUCUGGACUCGGGUCAGCUGAUCGAUCUGCAGGUCCGCCAGCUUGACUUUCUGCUGCGUGUCGAUCAUCUUCACCUGCAGCUCAGAGAAGGCCUGAGAGACCCAAGAGCUUGUUGAGAUGCACUUGAGAAUGCUUGGUUGAUCAUUCAUAAAACAUGUGAAAAUCUUUA